GUGUCUGUGUGUGUGUGUGUUGCUCUGCGUUCCUUUGCAAACACAGAGCUCCGUUAGUUUGAAGAUGACCAGUGCGCCGUGCAGUCGAUAACAUAACAGCAGCAGGAAGGGUUUGGAAUCGUGCUUUGGUGUCGAAAGAUAACAUUCUUAAGAGAAGUCUUUGCGAUCACCAACAACAAUGUUGGCUGUGUCUCAAACCAUGGUGACAGAGGAGACCCUUGCAUGUCUUCACCUUCAACUGUAUCACCCAGAACAGUCCAGGCAUCCUCUUUACAGCCUUCUGCGCAUGAACCAACCGUACAAGAUCAGCACCGAAGAUCCCAUCAGACUUGGCCGAGAUGGACAGUCCUGCUCGUUUGUGCUGAAUGACACCCGUGUCUCCAGAAAACUGCUCUCCAUCCAGGCGUACCGCAAGCGCGGUAGCCCAGACCUACGUUUCUCUGUGCAGAACAUGAGCCUGAAAGGCAAGAUAUUGGUAAACGGGUGCGAACUCAGUUAUCUCGAGCGAGUUGAUCUGGAAGAAAAGGCCCUGCUCAGAUUUGGGAAAUAUGAAUUAUUCAUUUGGCAUGAGCCUGGUGAGGCACAGGACAGUUUUGAAGUAUUGUUUGAAAAACUGAAUGUGUCCCCUUCGAGGGAAAUGGGUAUUGAUAUGCCUUGUAGGAUCCCAGUAAUGGAUACAGGUGUGAGAAACUAUCAGAAUGAAGCACUCAUGAGUCCAGAGCCGCUGGAAAGUGACGAAACUGUGUAUAUGUAGCAGCCAGAUGAGUGAGUAAAGAUGAGUGCACUAAGAGUCACUCUGGGGUUUUUAAGUCCAGUGAUGGGGGCAAGGCUGCUGAAUGAGCACAUGACAUUUCCUCAUUUCAAUGCGUGUGAAGACAACGGUUUUCCGCAACAGAUUUUUCUUUAGGUUCUGUCCUUCCUGUCAUGUCCUAUAUUUUCCUUGCAUCAACACAAUCUUUUGAAUCAGUUACAUUAAAUAGUUUUUGUUAGUAGUUGAACAAUACCUUGAGUAGGUUUUCUGAAUUGUCUUACCAGCUUACUGUAUUUAUAAAUUGUAUUAUUUAAAUGUCACUGAGUCAGAUAUUUAACUUCCUUCUCUCUGGAUGUAACUUUCAUAAACACUUAACAGCACGUUGUACACUUUUCUCUAAAAUAAUCUAAGUGUAUGAUAUACUGAUUAACUCUGGUGCAUUUAUCAAGUAUGUAGAUAUGUUGUGUUAUAUGGCCUAUCAAUGUGAAAUACCUAAAGAAGGAUUUUUAUCAAUUAUUAUUAACACUUCUUUUUUUUUUUUUUUUUUUUUUUAUACCUGGAGCAUUAUACUACUUCAAAUAAAUAGAGCAAUUCUGUAAACCUGCUUGAGCUUCUUUAAGCAAAAUGGAAAUCUGUCUGUUAACAAGUAAAGGAAUGCAGGAACAACAGGUUUGACUAGUAAAAGAUUUUUAGCAAGACAUGUUUAUAUACUUGAAUUGUAUUUGCAGUAAACAUGUGUGAUGUCAGGAUGUCUGUUUUAACCUUUAGCUAGCUAUACCACUGUGAAAACAACAUAAAUGCAAACAUUGUUCUA